AUGACUGUUAUUUCGGCAAAGAGACUGUACAGAAUUGGUGUUGAUGUUGGUGGCACCAACACCGACGCCAUUGUGGCUUGUCGCCGAGAAUUGGCCAACGGCCUAGCCUCAACUCAGCCAAGUUCCGACGACAUUGAGAUCCUAUCAAGCUUCAAGUGUCAGACAACACCAGAUGUGACGACUGGAAUCCAAAACGCUAUCCAGCGUGUCAUCGCCGAUGCAAAUGUUCCCACUGACAAUGUCAUUUCGGUAAACGUUGGAACAACGCAUUUCAUCAACGCCGUCGUGCAGGCGGAUAGGAACAACUUGAGUCGCGUAGCUGUGUUGCGCCUAUGCGGACCAUUUGGUAGAGAGGUUCCGCCAUUUGCUGAUUUUCCAUCCUCUUUGCGGCAAGUGCUGGAUGGGUACACGGCGUAUCUUGACGGUGGCCUAGAAAUUGACGGACGAACAAUCAGACAAGUCAACGAAGAUGAGGUCAUAACUCAUGCUGAAGAAAUUCGGAAGCGAGCUAUUUCCACCGUAGUAGUUGUCGGUGUCUUCUCUCCUCUUGAUACUGCCGACGAACCACAGGAAGAGAAAGUCAGACGCAUUUUACAGCGGGAAAUUCCGGGCAUUGACGUUGUUUGUUCUCGCGACAUUGGCAGAGUCGGAUUCGUGGAGAGAGAAAAUGCUGCCAUCUUGAAUGGAAGUAUCUUGAAAUUUGCCCGUAAGACUAUCCGUAAUUUUCAAUUGGCCAUUGCAGAACUCGGUCUGCGUUGCCCGCUGUACGUAACUCAAAACGAUGGAACGAUUCUAGAAGCCGCUGCUGCAGCGCGGACACCGAUCAAGACUUUCUCCUCUGGUGCUACGAACUCGUUGACCGGUGCUAUCUUUGUCGCCGGAAUUCAUCGCCAGGACUCCCCGUUCGAUCUCCAGUCAUCCCAAAUCAUCAUGGCUGAUAUCGGAGGAACAACGUCUGAUUUCGCCGCCCUUUCACCAUCUGGAUUUCCUCGACAGGCCUCAGCCACUGCGAAAAUUGGCGGCGUUCGCACAGCUUUCAGCAUGCCGGAAGUCGUGAGCAUUGGCCUCGGAGGGGGUUCUCUCGUUGAAUCUGACGAAGAGGGCCGCAUCUCAGUCGGCCCAAUUUCGGUUGGCCAUCGGUUGCAAGACGAGGCUCGCUGCUUCGGUGGUUCAACAUUGACGGCUACAGAUGUUGCUACAGCCGUGGGAAUUCACGAAGAUGGCCUACCUUCCUGGAACCCAGAUGUAGCCCCUGAAGUAGUUCGAGGAGCGUCCAAGCGAAUCACAGCAAUGCUAGAAAAGUCAAUUGAUACCAUGAAGACGUCGGAUGCUGAUGUCAUUCUCCUUCUCGUUGGCGGAGGGUCCAUUAUCCAGACUGAGCAACUCAGGAAUGUUAAGAAGUGCAUUAGACCUCCAUUCUACAAGGUGGCAAAUGCUGUUGGUGCAGCAAUCGCAAAGGUUUCCGGUGAGGUCGACAGGAUUAUCAUACCGAACGGCAGAUCCCACGAUGAAAUAGUAAAGGAAUUAAAGGCUGAGGCUGUGAGCCUAGCCUACCGUAAUGGUGCUGUGGAAGGAUCAGUCAAAGUAAUGGAGCUAGACUUGAUUCCCCUGCAGUACGUCACGAAUAACGCCGUCCGGGCGGUUGUCAAGGCCACUGGGGAGAUGCAGUGGGCGUUAUGCAAGGAAUCACUUAAUAACGGUCCGGUUAGGCUCGCGAACGGCGACUCUGAUACGGUGAAGUGCCCACAUAUUCACAAAGAGCUCAAACACUACGCAUCAGACGAGCCAAUUUUGAGCCGAGACUUGGAAAACUACACCCCGGAAGUCAAUAAGGCAACUGGAGAAUGGUUUGUGUCUGAUAUUGACCUCGAGUUCAUAGCCGAGGGCUGUGGCAUUCUGGGCACCGGCGGCGGCGGAUCCGUCUACUCUGCUCUAAUACACUCGCAUGAAAUGCUUCGUUCGCUUCCAGAGAAGCGAAUGCGCAUCAUCGACGCUUCCUCUCUCUCCCCGGAUAGCAAGGUCGCCAUGAUUGCCUGCGUCGGUGCUCCGUCAGUCUCAAAUGAACGGCUCAUGGGAGACGACGAGCUAAGUGAGGCGACUCAUACUCUGUCACGGUUCCUCGGCAUCGAUGGCUGUGACGCCGUCAUGGCUGCGGAAAUCGGAGGAUCCAAUGGCAUGCGGCCACUUGCCUCUGCCGCCAUCAUGGAUCUACCCAUCGUCGAUGCAGACACCAUGGGCAGGGCGUUCCCCAAAGUCGACAUGGCGCUCCCGUAUGUGUACGGCCAAGCAAGCCCAACUCCGGCCGUCUUAUCCGAUGCGCGAGGAAAUGUGCAAAUCAUUGCAAGUGUAGAGGACAGCCACAGACUCGAAUCGAUCGCCCGAACGGUCUCUGUGGAACUCGGACUAUAUGUCGCCAUGUCGAUGGCGCCGCUGCCAAAGAACACGAUCGAGCAGUAUUGCUGCCUCGGGGGGCUAUCUACGGCGUGGUUCAUUGGCAGGGCAAUUUUCAUGGCUCGAAAGCGAAAGGAGGAUGUGGUUCCUGCAUUGCUCGAUGUUGUUCCAGGUGCAAAGCUGUUGUACACAGGCAAGGUGAUUGAUGUUCGGAGAGAGAUCAAAGGGGGCUGGACCAUCGGAACUGCCACGUUGGAGCCGUUCAACGAUGAAGACGAGGACCACGAGGUUCAGUCUUCUGAUACGAGACCACUUGUGCUCAGUUACCAGAAUGAGUUUUUCAGUGCGCAACUACGGGACCCGUCUGGGCGGGAGGAACCAGAGAUGCUAUGCAUAACGCCGGAUCUCAUCACCGUCAUUGACCUGCAUACCGGCACGGCCUUGGCCACGCACGAACUGCGGUAUAGCCUCCGCGUCGGUGUGAUUGCCAUGCCGGCGCAUCCGUUGUGGAUGACAAAGGCCGGCCUCAAGGCGGCCGGUCCAAAAGCGUUCGGGCUGUAUAAUGAGUAUCAGUCAUAUGGCGAGACUUGGAGAGAACCGCCUUCAGUGUUUACCAUGUAUGGAAAGUGA